AUAAAAAACUCAGUCAGUACAAAUUUGUGUGCAUUAUGUCGUGGAUGUCUUAUCGCAAUACGUUUGAAGAAUACCUCACACUGCUCUACGAUGGCUGGCACGAUCUUAUGGACAACAAAUCAGAUCCGCGCACCCGUGAAUAUCCGCUCAUGAGUUCGCCCUUUCCGACGAUAGCAAUGAGCUUGACAUACGCCUAUUUUGUAAAGGUACUUGGUCCCAAAUUGAUGGAAAACAGGAAACCCUUUGAGUUACGCAAAGUCUUGAUUGUCUACAAUGCAGCGCAGGUUUUAUUCAGUAUGUGGCUAUUCUACGAGUCCUGCAUUGGUGGCUGGCUAAAUGGCUAUAAUCUGAGAUGCGAGCCCGUGGACUAUUCCUAUUCGCCACGUGCGUUACGUACUGCACGCGGCUGCUGGUGGUACUACUUCUCCAAAUUCACAGAGUUCUUUGACACCUUCUUCUUUGUGAUGCGCAAGCGUUACGACCAAGUCUCCACUCUGCAUGUGAUUCAUCAUGGCAUCAUGCCCGUCUCGGUUUGGUGGGGCGUUAAGUUCACACCCGGCGGCCAUUCGACGUUCUUUGGCUUCCUCAACACCUUCGUGCACAUCUUUAUGUAUGCCUACUAUAUGCUGGCCGCCAUGGGACCCAAGGUGCAGAAGUAUCUCUGGUGGAAGAAGUACUUGACUGUGCUGCAGAUGAUUCAGUUUGUGCUGGUUAUGGUGCACUCGUUCCAGCUGUUCUUCAAGAACGAUUGCAACUACCCCAUUGGCUUUGCCUACUUCAUUGGAGCACAUGCAGUCAUGUUCUACUUCCUGUUCUCCAACUUCUACAAGCGCGCUUAUGUGAAGCCUGUUGGCAAGGACAAAUCUGCUGUCAAGGCCAAUGGUCAUGCCGAUGCCGCACUCAAGGAACACAAGGAUGGUGCUGUCACGCCGCAGAAGAAGCAACAGAACGGCUCUGUCAAUAGAUUUCAAAACACUUUCAACAAAUUCACGACUGAGAUGUGCAAUCCAGCGCUAAAGUCCUCCACCACGACGAGACAGCGAUACCUUGUUAAUGCGGGCAAUAAAUGAAGCAGUUGCUCGUUUAGCCAGCAGCCAGCCAGCAAGACAGCAAGCCAAGCAAUAAACAAAGUAUAAAUUAAUUAAAUGUAACAUUUAAAUUACGUAACAUUAAAUUAAGCAUAAGCAUAGGGAGUCCAAGCGUAAUUCUAAGCGAGAUUUUCAAAUCGACAUUUUAAAUGAAACAAAAAGCAUAUUAUCAAAGAAAUCCCAACAAUGUAUAUACAUAUAUAUAUAUAUAUAU